AUGGCAUGCUCGGGGCUAACGCACAAACAUAUCGUAUCUCUCGAUAUCUCUGCAGAUGACUGGGAUGAUCUCGUGCUCAACUCCGAACUUCCCGUACUGGUUAUGUACACGACCCUGCCCUGCUCUAAAUUUCCAGAUACUUCCUACACGGAGACGUGCAGCGUGAACCAGGAACAUUUGAACAAUGUGGCCAAUCACUUUAUAGGGAGGAUCAAUAUGUAUAGAAUCGACGUUGGUAACUAUCCACGGUUCGAACCAACUGCUAUUGAGUUUGGGAUGAUUGAUGGCGGCAAGCUAAAGGACACUUUGGUGUCUCGGUCCGACUCAGAAGAAGAAUUAUUGAUGUUCAUUACAGGAUAUUUAGGUAGUCUUCCCAACUCAUAUUUGUAAUUGACUAUAUAAUCUCCAUUACUGAAUGUGUUUGUUUGUUAUUAUUUACUUCUCGU